GCCCCGCCCGGCCCGGCCCGGGCGCAGGCGCUGUGCGGGGGGAACGGCGCCGGACGCGGCGGCGGCGCGGAGAUACUAUGGAGAAUAAUGAAAGCAGUACUAAGGAUGCAAAGAGCACCUCAGAUGAAGGUGACAGCAGAGACAUAGUUCAGCAGAAAACUGAGGAAGAAAGCCUCUUCCAUGAGGAAACCAUUGAUCUUGGUGGAGAUGAAUUUGAGUCUGAAGGGAAUGAAAUUGUAUCAGAAGAUUCAAAUAAUUUUGUAGAUAAACUUAAUGAGCAAAUGAUGGAGAGUGUCAUUAUUUCAGAUUCUCCAAACAAUAGUGAAGAUGACACAGGUGAACUUGGUUGUCUUCAGGAGAUUGUAGACCAAAUGGAAGCUAAAGGUAAUCAAAAAACACAAACAGAAGUGGAUAAAGAAGAGUUUUUAAGUAAUGAGAGUGAAACUGAACAUGAAGAAACUCCUAAAGACAUUUCUGAGAUUGGAACAGAUGAUCAGGCAUCUUUAAAGGAAGAAUCAAUUCAGGAAGCAGUGAAGGAGGAACCAAAGUUGGGAAACAACAUUCCUGUUGAAACAAAACCAAAUGAUAUUGAUGAAAGCAUGCCUGGGGACCAAAUAUUGUCACCCAGUACUACCAAACCAUCUUCUGAGGCUGAGCCCAUUCCUGUGUGCACCAUCUUCAGCCAAGCAAACAAUGCUAGUUCACAGCCACAGUUGUUCCUGCCAGAUGGUUUUGAGCCUCAGAUGGUGAAAUCUCCCAGUUUUAGUAGUAUAAUAGAGACUCCAGUGAAGUCUAAUCCACAGGUGGUUCAACCAAGUCCUAGUCUAAGCAAAUUCUUUGGUGACACUGUUAACACUAAUACUUUGGCUUCUGAUUUUUUUGAUUCAUUUACCACAUCUAAUUUUAUUUCUGUUAGUAAUCCAAAUGCAAGCUCUUCAGUUCCAGAACAGAUGUCCUCUCUUUCUAAUGGUGGAGAUGGUUCUUCAUCCAACUCUACUUUCCCUGUGCAAAAUGGGAGACCUGAAGCAGGUGGUCCACCAUCAUCUCUAGAAAUAACUCAAUCCCCCAAGCCAUUCUCACAGAUCCAAGCUGUUUUUGCUGGGAGUGAUGACCCGUUUGCCACAGCUUUAAAUAUGAGUGAACUAGAUAGAAGAAAUGAUGCUUGGAUUCCUAGUGAGGAGACAAGAAAUGUUCUCAUUUCAGUUGCCACACAACAAUACAGCACUGUGUUCAUAGAUAAAGAGAAUCUCACCAUGCCUGGAUUAAAAUUCGAUAAUAUCCAGGGAGAUGCAGUAAAAGACCUAAUGCUUCGCUUCUUGGGGGAGCAGGCUGCAGUGAAGAGACAAGUUUUAAAUGCCAACUCUGUAGAGCAGUCAUUUGUAGGCUUGAAACAGCUAAUUAGUAGUAAAAACUGGAGAGCAGCAGUUGAUUUGUGUGGGCGGCUUCUAGCUGCACAUGGUCAAGGCUAUAAAAAAAGUGGACUACCUGCUAGCCAUACAACAGAUUCUUUACAGCUGUGGUUUGUGAGACUAGCACUGCUGGUAAAACUGAAUCUGUUCCAAAAUGCAGAAAUGGAAUUUGAACCAUUUGGAAAUUUAGACCAGCCUGAUCUUUAUUAUGAAUAUUACCCUAAUGUAUACCCUGGACGUAAAGGUUCUAUGGUUCCUUUCUCCAUGCGGAUUUUGCAUGCUGAACUUCCUCAGUACCUAGGAAAUCCUCAGGAAUCACUUGACAGACUCCACAGUAUGAAGAUAAUCUGCACCAAGAUACUAGAAAAUUUGGAACAAGGCUUAGCUGAAGAUGGAAGUAUGACUAACAUUACACAGGAGAACAGACAAGCCUCUGUUCAGCUGUGGAGGUCACGUCUGGGCCGGGUGAUGUACUCCAUGGCAAACUGUCUGCUAAUGAUGAAGGAUUAUGUGCUGGCUGUAGAUGCUUACCACUCUGUCAUCAAAUAUUACCCACAGCAAGAGCCUCAGUUGCUGAGUGGAAUUGGAAGGAUUUUCCUUCAGACCAUGUCCCUGAGAAGACAGGAGAGGAGAGCAACUUAAAAGAAAAAAACAGUAUACAGAAAAGUAUAAUAAAUGUCCAUGUUACUGUAUUUAAUGAUAAAUAAAAAUAUAUGUCUUUUUAUUUUUCAUAAAAAUGAUGCAUCUAAAUAGCUAUCUGAUUUUUUUAAUUUUUAUUAUCUCACAAGUUCUUUGCAGUUCUUUUGUAUUUCUGAUACUGAUAAUUCAAACUUUUCCUCUUUUAUCUACUUACUUUCAUUAUUAAUGAUAAAUCUAAUUUUGGAUUGUCAGGUAUUUACAAAUGAUCUUAUUUGUGACAUUCCUUAAUAAAAUUACAUUGAAAUUGAGUCAUUUGCUCUUAAUAGAUAAUUAUUAACAUUGCUUGUUUGAAAUCUUAGAAUGUCAUUCAAAUUCAAUCAUGGAUUUUCAGUUCUCAGCAGGAGCAUGGUUUCACAAUGUGUUAGACAUGUCUGUCUUUAAAAGUCUCUAGUUUAAAGUGGAUCUCCAUCACUAAGGAGUAAUUUUAUGGUAUUGGCAGCAUGCAUUAAUUAUUACCUAAACAGGGAACAUAAUAAUUAUGCAUAUUAAAGAAUGGCUCUGUAAAUAUGCUAAAUACUAAAGGAAAUACAAAUUAUUCAUAGUUCUGGUCUUACUGGGAAAAUAACUGGGUAUGUUACUUGCACUGCCUUUCUGACAAGAGUGUGUGCCCUGAUGUCACACCCAAGGUCUGUUUGUCGUUCCAUUUGCUAUGGAGAAAUUUUCACUUCCGUGAGGAAAGCAUCUCCUAACUUACAGAAUCAUUUGAAAUCACUGAUCUCCACAAUACAGGCUGUGACUAUGGGCCUCCUGUUCCAAGGGGUUUUGCUGUCAGAUCUGGACAUAGCAAAAGGGGUUAUGAGGAGUCCUUGAUAUUUUCAUGUGACCUAGAUAGAAGUUAAAAAUAAUAUUAUUUCUAAAUGCAAAUGUUUUCCUUUCUUCUAGCACCUUAAGGAGAUAUGGUUUUAUUGCUUGUCUUGUUGUCUUUUUCUGUGACAAAAUUUUCAGCUGUCUCGGGGUUACUAGUCCAACAGAUAGAAGUUUUUGAUACAUCAAGAGAAAUAGGCAGUUUCCACCUGGACAAAUCAAAAAUCAAAACUAAGCCAUUUGAAUUAAAGAAAGAUAAAUGUGUUGCAGUCUUGGUCGUCAUAAUUUUGAUAAGAUCACUCCAUGGUAAGUGUGCACUGUUGACAAGGCACUCUCUGUAAAAAAAAUAAAAUGUCUUGCAGGUAAAACAGAAAAGCAAUUUUCUCAUAUUCAAAUGUCACAACUUCUCAAAAACAAGUAGUAAUUCCCAAAUAACCUCAGACUGUGCUGCUAACUUUGAACAUUUACCAAGAGAGGCGUAAGGCAGCCAGAUUCCAGUUGCUUAUGGGUCACAGACACUGACAGUAAACAUCACACAUAUGAAGCAAAGCAAUAAAGUAAAAUAGAGUGUAAUUCAGGAGUUUAACAGAAAAAAGUUGCAACCUUUUUCAUCAUGUAAAACUUUGCUUUAUUUUUGAUUUAAUUUUUCUUAAUUACCUUAAUCUAAUUAGACUAAGGCCUCAUGUCCUCUUUAUCUUCACAUGUAAGUGGAACAUAAGGAGGUCUAGAUCUGAUGUAAGGCCUUUGGCUGUUGCCUUAAGAAAUGGGAAAUGAGAAUUAGAGAAGUGCAGAAUGCAGGAAAAGAGAGAGGCUAUCACAAAGAAAUUUUCAUAAGGACUUUCAGCAUAAUUCUUUCAGCAGUCAUCUGACCUGUAAAACAGAAAUUCACAUGAAACAGAGAAAGAGUGAAUACAUUUCAGUCUCUAGGAUUAUAUUGUGUAGCUCUCGCUGGCUGACCUACCCAAAAUUUCCAUUUGAAUAAGUAAGUUAAGAAAAAAUUUUAAAAGCUGCCUGACCUUACCCUCUGCAAUAAAGUGUUGCAAAACUGAGUCAAAAGCAAUAAAAAUUUUUUAGGACAAAAAUAAUCUUUGUUUCCAGACAAACAACAAAGUUAAGCACAUAGUAUAUUGAAGGCUCCUCAUUAGAGAGUAUGAUUAUUUGAGGUUAAUAGUAGAAUCUUAAUUUUUAUUUGAUGUGCUAAUUAUUAUUAGAUACUGGUUAUACUUUCUGAACUAAGUUAAAUAAGUGAUAAAAUGAUAAAUAAGUGAAUAAGUGAUAAAGACCAUUUAAAUUGGUUAAAUUACUUUAAUGACUAAUUAAAAUUAGUUACUUGUUUUAAAUGAUCUUUCCUACCAAAAAAAUUUAAAAAUAAACUGUUUUCCCUCUGUGGGAAAAAUGAGAUUUAAGGGUUCAGCAUGUUUGCUGAGAAGAUCUGCUAAGAAAUCAGAACUAUUCAUGAUCACAAAUAAUGUGUGAUUAGUAUCAAAGCAUACUAGAUUUGGACUCAUCAAGCGCCCAGGAGAGCAAACUGGUAGCUUGUUUUAGAAAUUGAUUGUUCUCAUGCUUAAGGGAUUCCCAGGCUAAAACUACUCAAGGACAGAUUCAUUUGCACUUCACCAGCAUUAUCCUCUAGUUAAGUGUAUUUAUUUUCUUGGUGAUUAUUUUUAGGGGAAUUUAUAGAGAGAAAGUGUAUCCUUUGUCAAUAUAACUGAAUGUAUGGUAUUUUAGAAUGAAUAAUACUUAUUUUGUUUUGAGUCCAGUUACAUAACAUCUGGGAGAAAUGCAUCUGUUUCUUUUCUAAAGACUAUUAAUGGGUAUUCCAGAAAUGCUUGGUAGAUGGACAGUUGCAUCUUUAACUGCAGUGUUCAAUUGGAUUAUCUAAACGUAAAGAAGAAUAAUUUCCUUAUGUUGACAAGGGAUGAGUCUUGUGAUUAGAGGUAAAGCAGAAUCUCUUACAUCAGUGGUGUUAGUAGGGCUUCAGCUUUGGCCACAGCUUUGGCUGCCACUGUGAUAUUCCCAUAAGCAAAUUGGGAAGAAAUGUAGAUGGAGCUUUCAGAUGGAUGGAUGUUUGCUGUCUCUGAAAAGUGCAGUUGGAAAGUCAUUUGCUGAUGACUAGAAGGACUUGCUAGAUGAUCUUUUCCACAACGAUCUCUUUAGGGUAGGUAGUGUUUGUAUUUUUUGGUUAGGUAGUACUGUAUGAUGAAAUGUGAAGCAUGCUUGUAAAAUGUACAGAUGAUGCCAAGCUGGGAGUGGUACAGAUACUAUGAAGGGCAGUAUCAGAAUGCAAAAUAAUCUUGACAAGUUGAGAAUCUGAAAUGUUAAAUUGGCUGUGAUUCAAACAGCAAAGGCAGAAUGCUACCAAGGACUGGGAGUAACACAAAUACAUAAUGAGAAGCAACAACAAGCCUAUUUCCUUUAGAAAGGAAAUAGGCUGAGAGUAAGAAAACUACAUAAGGGUAAACAAAUUGGACUUCCAGAUACUUGGCAUAAAAGCAAAAUUCAUAUUCACGUGUGAAGCAUGAAGUGAUUCCUGCUUCUCACUGCUGGUGAGAGAUCAGUUGGAUUGUGGAGACUUCUUAUGUGGGCUUUCAGGGAGGAUGUGAAGUAACAGGAGAGAGUUCAGAGAAUCCAGAAAGCAUGAUCUCAUAUUCUAUGAGAAAGGGGUAAACACUGCUUUGCCUAAAAAUUGAUUCUCAUUCUAGAUGGGAAAGAAAAAAUUUUCAAGUAUGCAAAAGACUGUAAAAAAAGAGUUUUACAUUCUUCCCUACCACUAUGGACAGGACAAAAAGCUGAGGUUAAAAGUGCAAUAAGUUAGAAAGUGUUUUCUAAUGCUAGGGCAAUUUAAGAAUUCUGGAUUAAGUUUCCUAGUAAGAUUCAGAUGUGUAAUAUCCACCAUCUGAGAGCUUUAUAAGGAGACUUCAACACUUUUGUCACAAACAUUUUUCACAGUGUUUUUAAAUAAAUGGGUGGUCUCUUGAGGGCCUCCUUGAAUGUCCCCACCUGAGGACUGCCUGGUUUCCAAAGCUUUAUGCUUCUGAACUAGUUUUACUCCUUUUGAGAGGUUUUGUUAGAUUUAUUUUACCCAGUCGUAAGUUUUCAUCUUCUUCCAUCUCUCCAGCCCAAAAAAUAUGCUGCUAACUUAUUUUCCAAAUAAGUGGCCUUCUUCAAGUAUUUUUUCAUCUCAAAGAUCAAUGUAUGUGACACACCUUUUUUUAGAAACCCCCUUCCCCAUUCCAGCACCCAUCAAAUCUGUAUUUCUUUAUGGCAGUUUUCAAAUGUCUCAUUCCUUCAUCCUUCUCCAGUCACUCUUUGGUGGUUUUUUAAUAUGCAAUUGGACCAUCUUCCCAAUAUCCUCAGUGGCCCAUUGUACUCAAGUUGUUUUCUGACAUGUGUUGUGAUGCACUGAAAUCAUCCUGUGGCCCCUGGCUGCGACCCAGAGGCUGUGGGUUAACCAGGUGUGGGUCCUGUGCUACAUGAGGUCACUGGUGUCUCUCAACCUGUGGACUAAUGCCAGUCUCACUGGAAGUAACUCUGACCUUUUCUCAUUUUCAGCUACUAUUUUGAACUGUGGAGUUAGUUACAACAAAGGGACUAAAUGAGGAUAUGGGGCCUCCUUGCCCUACAGUCCAUGAGUGCUCCACAGCCCCCAGCUGAGAAACUGCUUUGGGCAAACUUGGCAUGCUUUUGGGGUGCUUUUUAUGACCUUAACAUGGCUCUUCAAAUGCAUUGUUUGGUAAUAGGUGUUACCCAGUCACCUCGGUGUAAAGAGAUUGAUAACAGACUUUGAUACAUUAUACAUGUUUUUGUGUCCUUAUAAGGUAUAAUCAGGAUGUAGGUCUUCUUAUUAUGGUAACUUACUUAUGAUUUUUCUGUCUAGAUUGGAGACAUAAAAACUGCAGAAAAAUAUUUUCAAGAUGUUGAGAAAGUGACUCACAAAUUGGAUGGACUACAGAGCCAAAUUAUGGUUUUAAUGAACAG